AUGCAAAACAGUAAUUUCUAUUCAGAACCAUGAAGCUUAUAAUGGCUUUGAAACUGUUGAAUAUUUCCUAGUGUGAAAACAACAAUUCAUAAGUUAAGAAAACAAUUUUGUUUCUCUUAUCCAUUAGGUUUUUUUUUCCAGCCUGCUUUUAGGAGGAUUGAUCAAAUUUUCAUGUCCAUUUCACAGGUGAUGGAAAUCAAAGGACAAAUGAUCCAUGUCCCAGAAUCAAAUGCCAUUUUGUUUUUGGGAUCUCCAUGUGUGGACAAGUUGGAUGAACUCAUAGGCCGAGGACUGCAUCUCUCAGACAUCCCUAUUCAUGAUGCCACUCGAGAUGUCAUUUUAGUUGGAGAGCAAGCAAAGGCCCAGGAUGGCUUGAAAAAGAGGAUGGAUAAAUUAAAAGCCACCUUAGAAAAAACUCACCAGGCCCUGGAAGAAGAGAAAAAGAAGACAGUGGAUCUGCUGUAUUCCAUUUUCCCUGGUGAUGUAGCCCAGCAGUUGUGGCAAGGACAGCAAGUACAGGCCAGAAAGUUUGAUGAUGUCACUAUGCUCUUCUCUGACAUUGUGGGCUUCACAGCCAUAUGUGCCCAGUGUACUCCCAUGCAGGUGAUCAGCAUGCUCAAUGAACUUUACACGAGAUUUGAUCACCAGUGUGGCUUUUUGGAUAUUUACAAGGUAGAAACAAUAGGGGACGCAUACUGUGUUGCAUCAGGGCUUCACAGGAAAAGCCUAUGCCAUGCGAAGCCCAUUGCUCUGAUGGCCUUAAAGAUGAUGGAGCUUUCAGAAGAGGUUUUGACUCCUGAUGGAAGACCCAUUCAGGUAACCUCAACAAGCUGAUGUGAAAAACAAAUACUCCUUUUAAUGAACCUUUUUCUGGGGAAAAAAGGGGAGGUGGUAUUCAAAAAUUCUCUUAUGAUGUAAACUUCUUAUAGUUAAUAAGCCUAGACAGGACAGGGAACAACUAAGGCUAACACAUAGGCCAGGGUGUUCCAUCAGUAAAGCUGUGUGGAAGACAAAUUUACCAUGAACUGUAGAAAGAAUGAAAGAACUUUG